AUGGUGCAUGCUGGCAUCUCCAUUGAUGAGCGCACCGAUCUGCAUGUCAUUCCGAAUGGAACUCUGACCGGUCGUCAAAGUAGGGAUGAGAUCCUCAGACCUCUUGAUAGCCCUUACCCUGCAGCAAUUGGAGGUGAACUCAUGCUAAUGGACGAUAAUUGCAGACCACAUCGUUCUAACUUGGUGAAUGACUUUCUUUUGGAAGAAGGAAUCAUACGAAUAGAAUGGCCAGUGUUCUCCAGAUAUGAACCCGAUAGAGCAUAUUUGGGACAUUCUAGGCAACGAGUUUCUGGACGCCUACCACCUCCACAAACUCUCCAAGAACUGGAAAGAGCUCUUCAAGAGGAGUGGGGCAGAAUUCCCCAGCCCCUCAUUAAUAGCCUCAUUGAUUCCAUGCCUCAGAGGUGUUUUACAUUGCUAGGACUCCGGGGUUACCAUACCCUCUACUAG